CCAGCCAUGUCCGACACAAAAGCCACGUCUCCGGCACCGGCCGACGCCGAGAAGCCGCGCGCCGCCGCCGCGGCCGCCGAGGACAAGAUUGCCAAGCAGGUCGAUGAGGAGGAGGAGGCCAUCGCCGACGACGACAACGUCGGCGCCGACGACGAUGAGGACGAGAGCGACGGCAGCUUCCAGGAGGACGAGGACGAGGAGGAUGUCGACCCUGACGCGGCCUCGGAGGAGGAGGACGACGAUGAGGAGGAGGAGGCUGCCGACUCGGAGGAGGAGGAGGACGAGGCAGAGAUCAAGGCGCAGGGCACGAAGCGCAAGGCGGCCGACGAGGGCAAGGCGGGCAGCAAGAGCGCCAAGACGGACGCUGCGGAGGAGGAGGAGGACGAGGAGGAGGACGAGGAGGAUGACGAGGAGUAGGCGAUGCGCACUCGCUAGCCCUUUCCCUGCUUCCUUCGCUCGCUCCACUGCACUGCAUCCCACGCCUCCUAUCUCUCUGACUCCAAGCAUAUCCACAAGCCUCCAGCUGUAUCCCUCCUUACUCUAAGCUUCCCUCCGCUCUCUGCUUCGCAAAGCUUUACUGCAUCUCUCUUUGAAGCGCGUGUAUGAUUGCGUGCGGACGCCUCCUGGAUGACGUGUGUAAAUGAGAGGUGCUGUACAGAUGUGGGGAACUGA